CCAAGGAUCAUCUUUUGCACCUCUUUUGGAUGCUCCCACAAUGCUUCUGUCUCCCCAUACUGCACCAAAUGGCCCAUGCACAGAUAGAUGAGUUGGAUGAUUGGUUGCAAGGGGAGGACUGCGUGUGUUCGACGGCCUACAUUACUGAUCGCAGUCAAGACUCAGUUGUGGCUGUCUUUGCUGUUGCCGCCGUCUGUAGACUACGGGAUGACGUCAUCGCCUUGGAGACGCACUUUCUCUGGCUUGUCAUCACUGACGAUAGACCUCAUACACAGGGGAAUUUUGGUAUCUACUUCUGUGGAUAUCAGGGGCAUGCACGGCAAGCCAGUUCUGCCGAGACUGACAAGGUUGGAGGUCCAUGUCGUGGGGUUGAUUUCCCAUGAUCAUGGCACUAUCGGAUUCAGAAGAAUUGACAAACUUCCUGCCCAAUGACUGCGCAACAAUAUUUGCCCUCCAACAACCACUUGAAACACCGGGAAUUCAUACACGGAAUAGAUAAGUGGAAAGCGACUGGAUAUGAUGUACACUCGCCUGAGGUUUCACUCCACCCUGGAUGAAAAGCUGCCUUAUACUCAGAGUAUACCUAAAUCUAUAUCCUUUUUUCUCCCGCUGUCACGAAGGUAUCGUGCACCGCGAUGCCGUAAGCGAGCGUUACACCUGUUGACCUCUUUUUUUUUUCCGACCGGAGGACCCUGCCACCUUGUGUACGUUCUUUUUUCACCACCACCAUCCUUUGCUUCGGUCACACUAUACCUUGCCUCUGCGGUGCACAAUCGCUAUAAAUCUUUCCGAAAAAAAGAAUGACUCGUUCAACAUCGAUUUCCUCCGGAAAUAUGGCGGAAAAUUUUCAUCGAGCUGUACGACAGCCUGCCGUAUGCGAUGCCUAAUCCAUGCGGAGGCACUUCUUUUGUGAAGGAAGCGGCCGUCGCCAACCUGACCCAGGUCUGCAAGGAAUGGCAGAAAAUAGCACGAGACACAUCAUACUUAUGGCACAUCAUCACGAUCGAUGGACUGAAUACAACUACCUACAACUA